UUGGAAUAGAAUCAAAGCAUUUCGCAGAACGCCAAGUUUUUAUUUAAAUUCGUAUUUUUUUAAUUAAAAAUAGUAAAGUGAUUGUGAUUUUAGAAUAAAUACGCGUGUGAAACGAAGAAGGACAUUCGGAAAAGUGAAAAACCACGAAAUGCUUUGAAAAACAUUGUUAGAAUCCACAAUUAAGAUUCUAACGGUAAAGGACACCAUUUUUUGUGAGGCUCCUGGUGGACAUCGUGGCCUCCAACCAUGUCGCAGAGCUGUUGCCGUAUUUGCUCGAGUCCUGAGACUAAAAUCGAUAUAUUUUUGCCACAAAAUGGACAUCUAUUGCGACAGAUUCGCUCCAUAACAGGAAUCGAGUUGAUCCAGAACUCGGACUGGCCCGGCUGGAUGUGCCAAACGUGCAUGGUGGACUUGGAGGGAGCCAUAAGAUUCCGUCGUCGUUGCAUUCUUUCCGAAAAGCAACAACUUCGGAGGAAAAGAACCAACUCCUUGGAAUCAGAGCCACCGGAAGUCGAAGAGGAAGAUGUCCAGCAGCUAGCAGAGGAUACACUGCCUGAGGACCAGCUCCCCUUUGCAUGCCGGCACUGCCCGAAGAGCUAUCUCACUUUGAAACAACUCUCUGCCCAUCGUAUCGUACACCGGGAUCCAAGUAACAAAGAUACCAUCACUGACCUAUCUUGUGGCACGUGCGGCAAGGUGUUUCAACGCCGGCAUGCUCUGGAGUAUCACAUGAGCGUCCAUACCGGUGCCAGGAACUUCCCCUGCCCACAUUGCCCGGCACGGUUUGCCCAGCGCUGCAAUCGAGAAACUCAUGUGCGGAACACCCACCUCAAGCUGCGUCAGUUCGCCUGUCCGGAGCCGGGAUGCGAUCGGCACUUUGCCCGGCGACGGGAGCGCGAUCAGCACGUUAAGACCAUCCACCAAGGUGAACGGGAUCUGAUCUGUGAUGUGUGCCAGGCCACCUUCAGUCAUCCCAUAAACUACAAGAAGCACCUGCUGACCCACACUGAGGUCAAGUCCUUUGGCUGUCCGAUAUGUGGCAAGUCGUUCAAUGCUCCCGAAAACCGGGAUGUCCACCUGUUUGUGCACAGUGUCUGCAAGGCGUACGAGUGCUCCGUUUGCGGAUCGGGCUAUAUGCGACGUCAGCAGUUGAUCCAGCAUAGUGCCACUAGUGGUCACCACAACGAGCCAAUUGUGCGACAAAAGCCGCAAUUUAGUGCCGUUUUUACCCAGAGACCUAUUAAGAAUACCGCUGAGGAGACUGAGAAGACUGACAAGGUGCUCUACCAAGAGACGUCUCUCGUAGAAGAGCUUAGUUCCACAACCAAUAUAGAAGAUGAGUUCUUGAAAGAAUUGCAAGAGUAUGAUACUUGA